AGAGGCAAACAGAGAGGGGUUGUGCACAGCAGAAACAGCCAGUCUCGUCUGCUCUCAUCAUGGAUUCAUCUACUGCGCUUCUCAUCUUUUGCUUUCUAAUAUGUUCAGUGGCUGCUCAGGCUCCUGUUGUCACUGUGGAACCCCGGACGGCUACUGUGCGCCAAGGGGAGUCUGCCAGUUUUAGGUGCCAAGCGAAGAGCACCGUACAACCUGUCCAACUGGAGUGGAGUAAAACUAAUGCUCAAGCAUUGCCAGACAAUGUGAAGGUCGGUCCUGAUGGGUCUGUGUUGACAGUUGCCAAUGCUCGACCAGGAAACCAGGGCCAAUACCACUGUGUGGCCGUCAGCUCUGCAGGCCGCAGCUCUGCCAAAGCUGUGCUGAACGUCAAACAUGCUCCUAAAUUACGACUGACACCAGCGGGACCACUCCGGGUCAGAAUGGGUGAGCCUGUGAUGGUGCAAUGUCGCUUCUCGGGCAGGCCUCGCCCCACAGUGUCCUGGAAACACGAAGGCUCAACCCUGCAGCUGGUCUCCACAGAGACAAAUGAUGUCAGCACUAUAAAGUGGUCUGCUAUACACCCAGAGGAGUCAGGAGUGUAUAUUUGCCAAGCUGAGAACAAUGAAGGGAUGUCAGAAGUGAAAAUUCAGAUCAUUGUCGAGGGGCCCCCUGGAUCGCCUGUGGCUUCAGUGACGGUUGAAGAAAUAACAGCGGUGGAGGGGCAAACAGUCACAAUGGAGUGUCAGGCCAGAGGUUCCCCUCCUCCUGACAUCUCCUGGUCCAAGCUACGUGCACCAUUGCCAUGGAAACAUACUGUAGUCAAUGGAGUUCUGACUCUGACUAACGUGGGACGGCAAGACUCAGGACAAUACAUUUGUAAUGCAACAAACAUACAUGGCUACAGUGAGGCGUACACGCAGAUGGAGGUGGACAGCCCCCCAUACGCCACCUGCCUGCCUGACCAGGUGAGGCUCCAGCCCGGAGAUGCCCUGCAGUUGCAAUGCCUCUCUCACGGCUCUCAUCCCAUCCAGUUUUCCUGGACUCGGGUGGGCAGGGCUGCUUUACCUGCUGGAGCAGAGACCACAAAGGAUGGAAAGCUGCUGAUAGCCCGUGUUAGACAGAGCGACAGCGGAACAUACAAGUGUGUGGCCACCAACCACGUUGGCUCCAGUGAGGCUCUGGCUAAGGUCAUAAUACAAGGCUGAAAUAACUUGUUCACACAGCGUCUGGCUGACAAAAAGAAUCUAUACAGUGAAAUCAUAUUUAAUAAAUUCAUAUAUGUUGAUGUAUAUCAUGCUAUUGAUCCUUAAACUUUUGAUACUUCUGUGAGUACAGGUUAAUUUUGUACUUUACAGGAAAUAGUGUUGCUUUUAUUGACGUGAUUGCUUCUAAAAGUGUGAAUGUGAGGGUUUUUCUUCACAUUACAACCAGCUCUCUUUCACACAUGUAAUCUGGUAAACCACUGUUCAAAAUUUUAGUAACACUUCUGAUAUUACGAUAACAUGAAAAUAUAGCUUAGUGUAUAAUGAAAACUGCUUUUAUGUUUUCCUCAAGUGUGCUUAAUGAGGGUCUGUGUAAGUAAACAGUAAAAUUUAAACAUUAAAAGUGAAUCUUAGGUGUG